AUGACGGCAAGGAGCAACGACGACGAUUUCGAGACGAUGACGGUGACAGUGCCGGGGACCCGCGAGGUCGACAUCGACAUGCAGAACUAUCACGACGCCGCCAAAGCAGGCGAAGAAGACACUCGAGGGAAGAGGUGGAGCUUUCGAUCCACGAGCUGCCGGGCAAACGAUGAGGAUGUCCAUCCAUUUAUCUUCUGGCUAAAAGCCGUAUUCACUUCGCAAGACGCCGGGCAGAAACGACACGCGUGUACUGCUCACGGCACGGCCGUCUGGGAGCCGCCAUUGGUAGCGACAAGCGGCAUAGGAGAGGCGCGGAGUCGGUUGCCGGAGCAGGUGAUUGUCACGGAUCUUGUGCUGAUCGCAGCGGAAGCUCUGGGUGGGGUGGUCGCCAUCGAGUGUGUCGCGAGACUCGGCCUAAACUCGAUCAUUGAGCGCCAACACAUUGCAGAAGUUUUGGGAGAGCUCAUCAUCUCGCAGUGGUGCAGGGAGCUCAGGUGCCGGGCCAGACGGAAUCUCAAAUUCUCGGCUUGA